CUGCGAGCUACAACAUCUCCGUGCGGCGCGCGCGCGGCGCGACGUACGUGCUGGCGGCGUUUUUCCUGGCGGCGUUUAUCCUCGUCUCCAAGGAGUCGCCACACGCCCGGCGACACCACCACCACGGUCGCCACGGUCGCAGCGGUCGCCGGUCGCACCAUCGCACGAUCGACUUCGGCGAAGGGACUAUAUCGAAGCAGCGGUUUAAUCAGAAUCUUGGUUAUGGCGGGAUGGCGGGGAUGGCGGGAAACAGGAGAGUGGUGGUUUCGGAGAUGCUGACGUGGCGAAGCUUGAUUCGCUCUCUUCCGAGGUGUUCACAGAUUCGAAAUCGCCUCCGCCCGUGAUGCCGGUACUGGAACCGUCAGUGCGGCCGACUCUGCCGUCUGGUCUAACAUCCGUCGAUGACGACGACGUUGGAGAACGUCAGGAGACAAAAACGGAAUCGGAGACGGAGACGGAGACGGAGACGGAGACGGAGACGGAAACGGAAACGGAAACGGAGACGGGAAGGAAAACGGGAACGGAAAAGAAGAAGAAAGGGGAGACUGCCUUUAGCGAGUUGGAUGCUUCAAGGCAAUCUGUGGGUCGGUCCGACUUGCUGAGGGCAGGGGGAGCGGAAGAGAGGGCAGGGGACGAAGAAGAAGGAGCAGAGGAGAGUGGUCGAGAGGAGGAUGAGGAUGACGAGAGCGCGGAGAAGGAGAGCGGAAAUAAGGAGAGCGCGGAGGAGGAGAGCGCGGAGGGGGGGGAGCGGAAGUUGGAAGAUAGAGGGGGAGAAGCGCCAGCGCUGGUGCCAGUAUAUGAAACCAUACACGGGAGAGAGGUGGUCUGGCAGGUGCCACGUGGCGAUCUCCCAUUGGCCGGCGUGGCCUUCUUCGCCCACGGGUGCACACACCGAGCCACCCACUUCUGGCCACCUCACGCCAGCUGCCCCUCGUGCGUGGGUCUGCCUGAGGACAUGGCCCUCGUGCAGCACGCGCUCAAGAGGAGAUUUGCCGUCAUUGCCAUUUCCAGCCUCUUCCACCUUGUUGGGAUACCUCCUUUCCUCCAGAACGCUCCCUCGACAUCCCUCCGGUCGUGCAAGCUCUCACCACGUGGCGGCAGCGCCAGCAAUGCCAUACCCUCCCCCUCUUCGCCCUAGGGGCCUCUUCCGGUGGCUACUUCAUCUCGCUAUUAGCACAUGCUGUAGAUCUCCAAGCACUCGUUAUCAUCAUAUCCAGUGGUGUCAGAAAGGCGUUGACUUGCCGCUGCCCUCGGGGCGGCCAUACCCGCCGACCCUUUUCGUCCACAUGCCUAAAGACGAGCAGCGCGCAGAGGCGAUCGAACGAGCGGUUGAGAACCUCCGAUCGAAAGGGGCCGAAGCGGGGCAGAUCUCGUGCCUGGAGAAGAGGCUCGGGCCGAGCUUCCUAUCGGACCGGAUACCGAACCUGUCCCCAUCAGCUUCGGAACGGAUUUUCCAAGCCUUAAAGCAGGGAGGGGUAGUGGGGGAGGAUGGGAGGAUGGUUCGGGAUGGCAGGAGGUCCGGGUGGGUGGCUGUACUGCAGAAAGAAGGGUUAUGGAUGAGCUAGAAGAAAUUAGCAGGAGGUAU